AGUUGCGAACUCAUGACACAAGCACAACUCCACCCCUCUCUAGAACUCUUGCUUGCUUGCUUGGCCUGUCCGUUUCUCUCUCUCUCUACUGCGUGUUCCUCUCUCAUCGCAUCAACAAGGAGAGCAAGAGAUAGAGAGAGAUGUCGAUGAGCUUCCUGAGCAUGGUGGAGACGGAGCUGCCGCCGGGGUUCCGGUUCCACCCGAGAGACGACGAGCUCAUCUGCGACUACCUCGCGCCCAAGGUCACCGGCAAGGUCGGCUUCUCCGGCCGCCGCCCGCCCAUGGUCGACGUCGACCUCAACAAGGUCGAGCCAUGGGACCUCCCCGUGACUGCAUCGGUGGGUGGCAAGGAGUGGUAUUUCUAUAGCCUAAAGGAUCGGAAAUAUGCGACGGGGCAGCGCACGAACCGAGCUACUGUGUCGGGGUACUGGAAGGCAACCGGGAAGGAUAGGGUGGUGGCACGACGUGGUGCGCUAGUGGGGAUGAGGAAGACAUUGGUGUUCUACCAAGGGAGGGCCCCUAAGGGGAGGAAGACGGAGUGGGUGAUGCACGAAUACAGGUUGGAGGGUGCGCAUGAGCAAGCUUCCAAGCAGGAGGACUGGGUCCUGUGCAGAGUCAUCUGCAAGAAGAAAUCAGGAGUUGGUGCCACCCCCAGGCCAAGGAACCUCAGCAACAUUGUCCAUGGCACACCCACAGACACCUCCUCACCACCACUGCCACCUCUCAUGGACACCACCCUAGCACAGCUCCAGGCCACCAUGAACACCUCCGCCGCCGCCGCCGCCGCCGCACUUGAGCAAGUGCCCUGCUUCUCCAGCUUCAGUAAUAACAGUGCCAGCAACAGCAGCUACCUCCCCAUGGUGACAGGCAACAGUAAUGGCAUGGGCUACAUGGACCAUGGCCUGCCUGACUUUGGGAGCUACCUAGACCCCGCCAUGAACUGUGACAAGAAGGUCCUUAAGGCAGUGCUGAGCCAGCUUAGCUCCAUGGGUGGUGAGGUGGUGCCGAGCAUGUCUCCUCAGAUGGCUGCUGCAGUGAGCUCUACUUGGAACCACUUCUAGGCAAAUUUGUUUAUUUAUGCAGACAACAUAAGCAGACAACUGGCUAGCUAGUAGUUAAUCUGCAGUGUGUGUGUGUGUGUGUGUGUGUGUGUGUGUGUGUGUGUGUGUGAUGAUUUCAUAUCAAAAUGUAUAAUUAUGUCUGUUUGGUGCAAUGUUUCUUGAGUGUGAGUAUUAGUAGAGGACGCGAUGAUUUUUUUUCUCCAGUCGAUUUUGAAGGACUAAAACCCUGGAAUGAUUUUAUUUUUGAAGAA